AUGAGUGUCGGCCAGUACAGCGUUAUCAAUCCGAACGAGGGGUUCCCUUUGCCGGACACGCACAAGAUUACAGCUCAGGUUUCUUCUCCGUACGAGAACAAUUAUCAUCCUGGGGAUCACAUAGAAUCUGGUAAUUUUGCGUUUACUGCAGCUGAAGAAGGUGACUACACUGCAUGCUUCUGGGCGCCUCAACACAAGCCUCCAUUAACAAUGGCUUCCCACUUUGUGGAGCAGGGUGCUGCCAUGAAAAUUAUAGUCUCAAACUUCCUAAUUCCUCCUGAACGUAUGUCUGGCUGUGACAUCCUGAAUGUGUCAGCUUUCAUCUUUCUCUACAGGAGAGUUCUUGAUCCAUUGGUGAGCAGAAUUAGAAAGACAGACAAUAAAGGGCUUACUGAGCUACAAGGAAUGGGAGUUGGAUUGAUUAUAGCGAUAAUAGCAAUGAUUGUAGCUGGAAUCUUAUGA